ACAAGCACAAGAAAGCCAUGAACAAAGCAGUUGAUGAGCAUUUCAGAGCUUUAAUCACUCAGCUUUUGCACCUAGGGAACUUACCCGUUACUGAAGAUAGUAAUGAAGAGAGUUGGCUAAAUAUCAUUACUGCUUUACCCUGGGAAGCUGCCAGACUUUUAAAGCCAGAUAUGAGCAUUGGUGGAGGAAUGGAUCCUGGUGGAUAUGUAAAGGUUAAAUGCAUAGCUUCUGGGGUUCUGAUUGAGAGAUGUACGAACCACCGGAUGUUCAAUGUUGGAGAUGGUGAAGUUUUAUGUGUGUCCCACCCAUGGAUUGUGUGCCAUGCUGCUGUUUUUCACGAAAAUAUUUUUACAUGUGCUUGCAAUAUUCAUCUCCAUCCUCCAAUAUCUUUAUUUUUGUGAGUAUUUUGGUUUGACAGGGUGAC